CUCAGCUGGGGAAAUACGUACGUGUGGAUAAAGCCGCAUUUCGAGAGAAGAGGGGUGGGCAGUGAGCAGUGCAGUGCACCAUGGCAGAGCCAGAGCUAGAGGCAAUGGCCUCUGGAGCAGGGACACGUCUUGGAGCCCCAGAGACUCUUGGCAUCAGUACGUUGGACCCCGGGCACAGACCGCCACCCAUGCCCCCCGGACGACAUGUCACCAUCAGGGUCCGUAUGCUGGAUGACACAGAGGAGCUCUUUGAUAUCUCGCAAAAAGCCUCAGGCAAGGUGCUGUUCGACCUGGUGUGUUCCCACAUGAACCUUAUCGAGGGUGACUACUUCGGGCUGGAGUUUCAGAAUCAUCAAAAGAUGAUGGUUUGGAUAGACCAUAUCAAGCCCAUUAUCAAGCAGCUCAGACGACCAAAGCACACAAUCCUGAGGUUCGCUGUGAAGUUUUUCCCUCCAGAUCAUGCCCAGCUAAUGGAAGAGCUGACGAGGUACCUGUUUGCCCUCCAGAUCAAACAGGAUGUUUCUUGUGGACGUCUGACCUGCAAUGACAGUAGUGCCGCGCUGAUGGUCUCCCACAUUAUCCAGUCUGAGAUUGGGGACUUUGAGGAGAGCCAGUGCCGGUCACACCUCCUCAAUAAUAACUACAUCCCGGAUCAAAUGCCUCUGAUUGAUAAGAUAAUGGAGUCUCACUCAAAGCAUGUAGGUCAAACACCAGCAGAAUCAGACUAUCAGUUACUAGAAGUGGCACGCAAACUAGAGAUGUAUGGGAUUCGCCUCCACCCUGCCAAGGACCGUGAAGGCACGAGGCUGAGCCUUGCUGUGGCACACACAGGUGUUCUGGUCUUUCAGGGACACACAAAAAUAAACGCCUUCAAUUGGUCUAAAGUGCGUAAACUGAGCUUCAAGAGGAAACGUUUCCUUAUCAAGCUGAGGCCAGACUUAAAUAGUUCAUAUCAGGACACGCUGGAGUUUCUGAUGGCCAGCAGGGACUGCUGUAAAGUAUUCUGGAAGAUCUGUGUCGAAUACCACGCCUUCUUUCGCCUCUUUGAGGAACCUAAGGCGAAGCCCAAGCCUGUGCUGUUCACACGAGGAUCCUCCUUCAGAUUCAGUGGUCGUACACAGAAGCAGGUGAUUGAUUAUGUGAGGGAGUCUGAGUUUAAAAAGAUCCCGUUUGAAAGGAAACACAGUCGGGUCCAACACAACAGUCGGGUCCAACACAAUGUCCGUCUGUCCCCUUUGCCUUCACCACGCCACCAUGAAGUGCCAACAGAAAGUGGUGCUCCUGGGGACAGAAUUGACUCUCCUCCUCGGCGUCCUUGGAAGGAGUCAGUGCUGGUGAGUGCAGAAGACCCUUUUGCAUCGCGGACAACGAGGGCAAGCCCAUCUCAGAGAAAUGGCCAUGAGGACAGAACGGGGUCCGUGUCCAGGACCGAGGAGACAAGAGGCUCAACACGGCAGGCCCACACAGAACAUCAAAUGGUAUCCAACAGCCCUCAUCUGUCCGCAUCCUCUGGUCACUCGCACAGCAUGGUCAAUGGUCAGAAGUCACUGGAUCUGUGCAGUCACAGUCCUGACGGCCGACAGCCUUCACCCCUCACCAGCCCUCUCCUCAAUGACGCCUGUAGCGUUCGCACUGACGAUGAAGACGAGGUUCGCAGGAAGAGGUUUCCAACAGAUCGGGCCUACUUCAUUGCAAAGGAGCUGCUGACCACCGAAAGGACGUAUCUGAAGGACCUGGAGGUAGUGACUGUGUCUUUUCAGAGUGCUGUAGGGCAGGAUGAGGCGACUCCAGACUCUCUGAAGAACACAAUCCUGUCCACCUUCGAGCCUCUGCACAAAUUCCACACAGGCUUUCUCAGGGAGGUGGAGCAGCGACUAGCUCUGUGGGAAGGACGUUCCAAUGCUCACAUCAAAGGAGACUACCAGCGCAUUGGAGAUGUCAUGCUAAAGAACCUUCAAGGCUUGAAACCGCUGACAGCAAACCUGCAUAAGCAGUCUGAAGUUUUGCUGGAGCUGGAAAAGGCAUGCAGGGCGUCCCGCAAAUUAGAGGGUCUCUGCAGGGAUUUUGAGCUGCAAAAAGUCUGCUACAUCCCCCUCAAUGUCUUCAUUCUGCGGCCUCUGCACCGCCUCAUUCACUACAAACAGAUCUUGGAGCGUCUGUGCAAACACUACCCGGCUACUCAUGUGGACUUUAGAGACUGCAGAGCUGCUCUGGCAGAUGUGUCUGAGGUGGUGGACCAGCUCCAGGGAAGCUUAAUCAAGAUGGAGAACUUCCAGAAGCUUUUGGAGCUGAGGAAGGAUUUGAUUGGCACUGACAAUCUUGUUGUUCCUGGUCGGGAGUUCAUCAGGUUAGGCUGCCUCAGCAAACUGUCUGGAAAAGGCCUACAGCAACGAAUGUUUUUCCUGUUCAAUGACGUCAUUUUGUACACGAGUCGAGGGAUGACGGCAACCAAUCAGUUCAAAGUGCACGGGCAGCUGGCGCUCCAUGGCAUGACAAUCAGAGAGAGUGAGGAUGAGUGGGGUGUGCCUCAUGCCUUCACAUUGGUUGGACAGAGGCAGUCGGUGGUGGUAGCAGCGAGUUCUUUGACAGAGAUGGAGAACUGGAUGGAGGACAUAAAGGUGGCGAUAGAGAUGGCAAAAACCAGCAAUGGGCCUUCAUCUGACCUGCUAACCAGCAAUCUGAAUGACAACAAAUGCCCUGAGGAGUCCUCGGUGGAGGCGGAGUCUGAGGACGACAUGACAACAUCACACACCUCCCUGGAGAGGCCCGCCCCUCACCGUGGUAACACCAUGGUGCACGUGUGCUGGCACAGGAACACCAGUGUGUCCAUGGUGGACUUUAGCAUAGCUAUGGAGAAUCAGCUGUCAGGAAACUUACUGAGGAAGUUCAAGAACAGCAACGGCUGGCAGAAACUCUGGGUGGUCUUCACGAACUUCAGCCUGUUUUUCUACAAGUCUCACCAGGACGAUUAUCCACUCGCCAGCCUCCCUCUGCUGGGUUACUCUGUCACCAUCCCAUCAGAGUCUGAAAACAUCCACAAGGACUAUGUCUUUAAACUGCAUUUCAAGUCCCAUGUCUACUACUUCCGAUCGGAGAGUGAAUACACUUUUGAAAGGUGGAUGGAGGUCAUCCGCAGUGCAACGGUCCCCUCCAGUCGAGCUCGUGUCCUGAACAGCAAAGAGUCCCAUCCUCACUGAGUUGGCUCACCUUGUUUCCACACGCCAUCUCACUUGGGUGGCAUAUGCCCUUCCUGUUACCUGGACUCUUUG